AUGCCCCGCAAAUCAAAUAAGAAGCAGACGCGGCUUGCUUUUGCGCCAACCGCCCCCGCCAGCAAUGCAAACGAAGAUGAAAAUGAUCGUUUCGCCAGACUCUCCUACGCCCAUCCUAGCUUACCCACUGUGCGACCCGACAUGUCCCCUCAAACCAAACCAGCAUCUACGCCGGUAGAUGCGACCUCUUCAACUACGACCACAUCCCGCCAGAAUACUUCGCCAGUGAAAGAAAGCAAACGAAAAAAGGAAAAGAAAGAAAAGGCGAAGAAUAAAAGGGACAAGACGGAGAGGAAGGAGAAAAAGAAGAGCAAGCUGAGGGAACAAGAGAAAGAAGUACUACCGGUACAGCAGGAGCUUGAAGAAUCUUCAGAUGACGAGAUCGUCGUUACAGGAUCUACAGUACGACCGCGACGGGCCGCCAAUGUCGAAUUCGCGGCUAUGAAUCCGUUUAAACCUACCCAAUCCCAAUCCCAAUCACCACGACUGCCGUCCGGUUCGCCUGAAAACGUCAUAAAUAUCGAAUCUUCUUCUGAUGAAGGAGACAUUGUCCAACCGCGUCGCAGACUAAAGCGCAAGGCUGAUCGCUCUUCGGUUAUAUUGAGCGACUCGGAUGAUUCCGAGCCCGUGGUUUCUUCACCCGUCAAGAGGCGGCGCCGGGCCUCGCCUAUGGAGACUCCUCGAACACCUUACUCCAGUACGGAUCAGGAUCAACAGGAGCUGGAAGAUGAUGUGAGGGACCUUCAGGACUCUGUUGUCAAGAAAACCCGCACGCGCGGCCGGGUAUAUGAGUCGGCAAGAGAUAAGAAACUGAAACUUCUGGAGACUCUCCGUCGCCGACGUGCGGGACUGAAAGAGGAAAGCGAGAAGGAGUCGGAAGAAGAAGGGUCUGACGAAGAGUCGGAAGAGGAACUGCCGUGGUCCAGUCCCACGCAGCAAUUCUUCAACGCGCGAUCGCGACAGAUCCGUGAUGAUGACAGUGAGGUCGAAUCGGCGAUCGACGCUAACGAGGACCUGGACCGAUACGAAGAUGACUUCGUGUUGGAAGAUAAUGAACUCGGAGUUCCCACGGAGGAGAUCCCAUUCGAAUUCACACGACAUGCAUACAAGCAGCCGAAGGAGUACUUCCGCGAUGUCGUCUCAUGGAUGGUCCACAACCGCAUAGAUCCAGCCUUCCCCCGUGAUGAUGCCAUGUACCAAAUGGCAUUCCAAAAGCUAUCAGACGAGGUUAAAGCACGCGCCGGAUCCUCGCUCAUCUCCUCGGUCUGGACGCCCAAGUUCCGCCAGGUCCUUCUAGCGAGACCGCAUCUCGAGAUUACGGGGUUCCCGACCUCGUUUAUGCACUCUUGCGAUGCAUGCAAUCGAGCUGGGCAUCCCGCAUCUUCGGAUUUGAAGUUUUACGGAAAGGCCUAUUCCGAAGAGACUCUGGAACCUCUCACGGAUAACAGCAGCGAAGACGAGUCCUCCGAUAAAUCCGACUCCAGUGAUGAGGAUAGCAAGGAAGCCAGCGAAGAUGAGUCGGAUGUAGAGCGCGACCGUGAUGGGAACAUCCUUCCCGACGAAAACACGCGCUUUUAUCUGGGAAAAACCUGCAAGGCGAAUGCCUAUAUGGCCCAUCUCCUUACUCACUGGCGAUACCAACUCAAUGAGUGGGUGGUUGAUUACCUCCGGCGCAUGGGCCACAUGGAAGAUUCCGAGGUUCUACGACGCGAAAACCUCAGCCAGAAGCGCAAAACACGAAACGCGAUUGAUGCAUGUAAAAAGAUGGAGGCAGAUGGUGAGAUUGAGAGGCUCUAUCGAGACUUCCAUAUCCACCUUAAGACUGCUCGUGAGAAGACAGUAAGUCUUUUUGGCGUUGCCAGAUCAUUUUUGUCUGCAUCAUGCUAA